AUGGAAAAACGCAAGCACUGCCUUCUAAAAUGGAGUUUGGUUGCUAUUGCUGUGCUGGCAAUGACAGAUAGCCUUUUUAUUCCUCUUGUAGUCUAUCGCAUAUGCUACCAGUCUACUAGCCAGUUUGUUCCAAGUCAAUGUGUUAACUGUCCUUUCCUCGCUCUCCAAGGUUACUCUUUUAGCUGCUUUGGAAAUACGGCUUUUCCAAGAAAUAUGACACCUUCCCAAGCUCAGUGCAUGAUUCAGCGAUGUCAGCAGGGAGUGACGCAGACACCAAUAUAUCUGGGCAGAAAAAAAAGAGACGAAGAAACCGAGAUUGCAAGUGACGAAAGUGCAAGAUAUACCCCUAAACCGAAGAAUAUUUCAAGCGAGCAAAUACAAGUAGUUGGUGAAGUUGAAGUCUUUGUAAAUGAAGAUUUUGACUACGAAGAAAUGUUUUGA